AUGUUUUAUCGACCACUUCGUUUAUUGAAAAUAAUUUCAAUUGUUUUAUUUCUAAUAAUAAUAAUUUAUCAAUUAUAUAAAAUAUCAUUUAAUUUAAAAAAAUAUAAAUUUAUAAGAAAAGAACAAAUUAUUUCAGCAGUUUCACCAAGUUCACCAAUUCCAACAAUUUCAAUAAAUCCUAAUGAAGAUUUUCAAGAAAUAACUGAAACUUUACCACCUUUUUAUGUUCGUCUACCGAAUUUUUCUGAUGAUGAAGCUAAAAGUUGGUUUUAUAAUUCGAGUUAUUAUAAAAUCAAUUCAAAAAAAUGUCCACAUAAUUCUUGUGAAAAAUAUGGAGUUUUAUUUAAUGAUCCAAAAGAACAUUUAUCAGUUAAAUUAUCUUUUGUUAAAAAUGGUCUUUAUUUAAAUGAUGAUUGUGGAUAUAAUUAUGGUGAUGAUGCUGUGAGAAGAGGAUUUGAAAAUGAUAAUGAAUUAAAAACAAUUUAUGAUAAAUUAUUUAUUUAUACAGUACCUGAUGGAUGGAGUUUUCAACAUUUUCUUGAUGGAAUUGGACCAAAAUUAUCUCAUUCAAGUUCAUAUUUAAAGAAAUAUCCUGAUGCGAAAGUUCUUAUAUUAAAAGGUGCUCGAUUUGAUCGAUCUGUUAAAGAAAUUUGGUCAAUGCUUGGAGUUGAAGAAUCCUCCCGAAUAAUUCAUCAUAAUGGAAAUAAUGAAAUUGGUGCUCGUUUAUUAAUAAAUCCAUGUCGUACACCAGGUAUUCAUCCACGUUUAUGGCAUAAUGCACGUGAAAUGUAUUGGUCAAUAUCAAAUAUAACAAAAUCAUCAAGUGAAAGUGAAAGAAAAAAUUUUAUUUAUAUUCAACGAACAGCAACAAAUGCAAUGAAUGGAGGUCGACUUAUUUUAAAUGAUGAUUUAUUUAUGAAUUUAUUAAAAGAAUAUUGUUUAAAAAAAAAUUUAAAUUUUAUUCAAUAUGAUCAUUCAAAAGAUUCAAAUCAUAUUCGAUAUCGUAUUGAAUUAUUUUAUAAUUCAAAAUAUAUUAUUGGUGUUCAUAGUGGAGCUUUAUCAAAUAUGAAUUUUGCUCAAUCAGGUACAACACUUAUUGAAAUAAUGCCUUAUAGACCUUUAAAAAGUUCACUUCCAAUGACUUGUUCAAUGUUUAAUCCAGCAGAUCUUAAAGCAUGUGCUGGUUAUAUAUUAUAUACACAAUCACAAUUACUUAAUCAAACUUAUUGGAUUUUACCAACGGCUGUUAAUAAUGAUGGUAAUAUGAAUGUUGAUUUAAAUCGAAUGAAAAAACUUCUUGAACAAAUUUAA